AUGACUCAGUCUGCUCUGUUAGAGUUUCAUAACAGUCGUGAAAUUUCAAAGAAGGACUAUCAAUGGAAGCUUAACGCUCGAGUCAUAUCAUUGUGGAAUGUUCCUGAACAUAUGUUGCCUUUAUCUUCUUCAUCAAUGGACUUGGUUCUCAUUGACAGAGAGGGAAUGAAAUUUGAAGCUUCUAUUUGCAAGUCUCACCCUAUUCUUCCUAAGAUUGUGGAAGGUUGUGUGUACCAGAUAUCUUUUUUUAGGAUCAUUGACAACAUUGGCCCUAAACGUUUCACAAGCACUAAGUACAGGCUCUUUUUCCAUGCAUGCACCAAAAUUUAUCCUGUUGUUAAUCAUAAGAUUCCUAAGAAUGGUUGGGAUUUUUUCCACAUGGAUCAUAUCAAGUACUAUGGGAAUACAUUUGGAUACUUAGCAGAUGUUGUUGGUAUUUUGAGUGCUGCUUCUUCUGAAAAACUUCUUAUUAAGGAUAGUAGGAUAUAUAAGUCUAUGGACAAAAGUGGCAUGAACAAAUGUUUCUUGGUUGGUGAUAUUGUUGACACUAUUUCUGAGUAUCUAUGUUCCAAUUGGGUUACCAGACCUGUUGUUGCACUUCUCUUUGUUGAAGUCAGGAAGAAUAAUGGUGUCACCCAAGUACAUGUUGUUCCUUAUGUAACUAAGAUCCUAAUCAAUCCCAAGUUUGAGGAAGAUUCGGUGCUUGCUGAUCGAUUCGAUGGGAUGAACUCCAAUUUACAUGUUGACUUUAUCUCAAGUACUGAUAAGAAAGUGGAUAUUCAUGCUGAGUUGCUUGAGUUGCAUCCCAAGAAAACUAUCCCUGAACUUCUCUUAACUAAACAGAAGGGUAUAUUUGUUGUUCAUGCUGGCAUUGUCAGUAUGCUGAAAGAUAGUGCAUUUUUCUAUCCAUCAUGUCGCUGUUUUACUGAACUUGAACGUGGUGAUGAUGUUUAUAGAUGUAAUCGUUGCUUCCGUGUAAUUGAAAAAUUUAUACACAGAUACUCCUUCAAACUGGAAGUAUAUGAUGGUGUUGAUAGUUGUGUCUUUCUACUCAAAGAUCAUGAGGCAGUGCAACUUAUUGGAAUAUCAUGUGAAGAGCUGAUGAAUUCAAAGGAGAACCCACUAGAUCGUGAGUAUCCUGCUGAACUUGAGGAUAAGAUAGUAGGGAAGGAGUUAUUGUUUAAAAUUCGUGCUGGUUUUGGCAUCACAUACAAUUGUCAAGAAAUCUAUGAGGCCAAGUUUGCUCCCCCAUUCACACAAUUACAAGAUGUUCAUGACAGUACAAAGGUUGAAGAAAAGCAUGUUGCCAAGCACAAGUAUACAUCUUCUGUUGCUGCCAGGUUUAAUAUGGGAAUGAAUUCAUAUGUUGUUGUUGGUCAGAGUUCCUCCACUACUGUUAUUCAUUCCUCUUUGAAGAGGAAGCUUGAGGCAGAAUUUUGA